ACGUCAAAGUCACAAUGGAUGUUGUGUGAAAUCACAAAUAAAGUUUUCAAGGGGGCAUUUUGAGGUGAAAAUCGGUGAAAAAAUACAAAAAUCCGUGGAAAACUAACAGUUUAGUGAUCAAAAUACAGGAAUCAACCUAGAAUAUCCGCAAAUUUCUCUGAAUAAUCCUGGUGAAAUCAUGAACCUUAGCUUCAUCCCCCUUAUCUUGAAAUACCUUCUACUAAUAAGUUUCCUGAUUGUCUUUGGAGUCUUCAGUUUUUUCGCGAGACUCCUCUUCGUUUAAACCAACCAAAGAGGCACAAAAUUGUACAAAAAGAUGAUGAGGAAUUUUUCGGUCAAGGGUGGCAUUUUGCGAGAUUGAUUAGCUGAGAGAAUGUGAAGGCCAGGCUUCGGGACAGGAUAAACCAUGGCUCAGCGCGGACUGAGGGAUGUUAUGUACGAGAGACAAUAUCCUAGUCUAGAUUUUUCCACACGUUCACAAUCGCACUCCAUUAAUUUAAUCACUGAGGACUUCCUGUCUGGAUAUCAGCAUGAUGGACGAAUGUCGGUUAUUCGGCGCUUCUUCUGCCUCUUCGUCACCUUCGAUUUAGUAUUCAUUGCUCUCCUUUGGCUCAUCUGCGUCAUGAUUACGGGUGAUAACAUAUACAAUGCACUUCAGACGCAAGUUAUUCACUACACAAUCUACACGUCACUAUUCGACGUUGUCAUGGCCGCAAUUUGCAGAUUUGUGGUCCUCAUCCUCUUUUAUGCCAUACUUUACAUCAACCACUGGAUCAUCAUUGCGGUGAGUACAUAUUCAAUGUUUCGCGAUGGCGAUAAGAAUUUGCUGAGAUGUGGUCUGUUUUGCUUAUCAUUGAGCACGACAAAAGUUUUAAUGCUUUCGAAAUCUCUAUUUCAGGCUUCAACGUCGGGUUCUUGUGCAUUUCUGAUAUCGAAAGUCUUCGUCUACAAUUGGGCAGACUCUCCUCAGCCCGUGUUUCAGGUCCUCUUGAUCGUUGUAUCUUUCGUGAUAGCUUGGGGAGAGGCAUGGUUUCUGGAUUGCCGGGUUAUUCCUCAGGAGCAGCACGCUCGCAGUUAUUUGGCCGCCAUUUCGUCCACCAUUGACGACCGAGGACCUCUUCUGGCGCCCUUUCUAGCCGCCUCAACGGGCACAGGGCGACGCACAGAAAGCAUAGCCAACUUCUACUCCCCAUACGAGUCCAUUCACAAUAGUGACGACGAAGGAGACAAGGACGAGGAGUACAAGAGGAUGGCUCUGGAGUGUGUGAAAAAGGCCUACGAGCUGAUUGAGAGUCAAGAUUGGGAACUGGAGAAAGUCACAGCGAGUUCAGACACUAUUCAAAGUAUUAAGCGUGAUAGAUUAGGAAAAAUUUACAAAUUGACGGGGCGCGUGAAUAGCAAUGCGCAGAGCUUGGUGGAGGAUCUCUUCAGCAAUAUUGAGGAAAUGCCCAAGUGGAAUCCCACCCUCUUGGAGUCGCGAGUCAUCCACAGAAUCGACCCACGCACAGACGUUUCAUACCAAGUCUCAGCCGCUGGCGGCGGAGGCUUCGUCAAGAGCCGCGAUUUCGUCAACUUGCGCUCCUGGGAAGCUUUCGAGGGUGGCAGAAUGGUGCAGGACGAAGAAGAGGGCGCUGUACUGUAUCCCAGAAGACGCUUAGACACUGUCCAGGAGCAGUCAGAGGGCGAGAGUUCGGUGAAGAGCGAACCGGCGCCAAAGAGUCCACAAAGUGAGGACGAAGGGUAUCAGAAGAGGGCUCCAAUGGCGUUAAGCAAGAGCCUGGGAGCCAGGGAUUUCGGCACGUCGCCUAGUUUGUCGGCUCAGGACAAUUGUGAAGAGGAGGCAAAAUUCCAGGACGCUCAAGACUGGCCCAGCAGAGCUCUGAGAGUGUACGUGAGUGCAGCCGUUGCAGUUGAAUACCCAGGUUUCGCAGCGACGAAUAAAUACGUGAGGGGCGAAAAUCUGAUAUCUUGCAUAGUGACGAGAGAAAUACCUGGAGAAGCGGAUUCUUGCAUUUUCGAGUGGCUUCUCUGCCUCGAUUUGAAGGGUUAUAUCCCGAAAUCCAUCCUCGAGACUGCCUACACAACUCUCAUGCAAGACUACAUGAAGUAUCUUCGUUGUCACUGCGAGGAAAUGUCCAAUCAGAAGGUUUAAGUGCCUCAAAUUGUGUAUUUAUUAAUUUCUCCAGAACCA